AUGAGAAUUGGGAAUGAUGCUGACAACUUUGAGUUUAUUGAUGCGGGUUAUAGUGAUGAAAAUGGUCUAAGAAUAAAUGUGUAUAUAGACCACGAAAAUGAACUUGUACUUGAUUGGGCUGAUAUGGAAGUAGUAAAAGAUGAUGAAGGGGAUGAUUCUGAGCAAGACCCGGAUGAUGACAACGAUUCACAACUUUCUGAUGAUAUUUCAUAUGAGCAUGAAGCAGAUGUUGAGAUUCCUUCUAUUGACAAUACUACUGGUGAUGAAUUUUUGCAUCGGGUGUCAGGUAUUUGUAAAAAUAAAAAUGAUGAGGUUGAAACCAAUUAUGGGGAUGACAAACCAGUGUACCCUAUCCAUAAUGAGAAUCAGAAAUAG